GGUUAUAGAUUGGUUUUAUAGUACACAUUAAUAAACUUUCUAAGACAUAUAUCUGAUAACUAUUAGAAAUAUUACUGCUUAUUUGGCAAAAAAAAAAUACAGCACCAAAACUCAUAUCCCUUCUUUGAAUUUGUACAUUCUGCUUCUUAUCAGGUCAGAUCUGCCCCGCCCCCCUGCUUGUGUCAUCCAACUGACGCCUUCCAUAUGAUCUUAUAAUGUCUAAUACUACAGGUUUGAAUUCAAAUGUUCAAGCUACACCUGAGAAAGAGGCAACAACGAUACCGGGUCCAUCGACAUCUCAUUUAACAAUUUUAAAUGCCCACAAUGGGUACACCGUGAAAGUUCCAAAGCCUGUUAGAUUUCAUACUUUACAAGCAUUUAAAACAUUUAUAUAUGAAUCAUUUACAAACUAUUUAAUAGGGGGAACAGAGAAUAUAUUUCUUUUAACUUCAUUUGGUAUUAAAUUCAAUUUUAAUAUGAUAAAUGAAUUAAAUGAUGUUUAUGUUUAUGAUAAGAGAUUGUUUUCUAAUGGCAAUAAUGGCGAAUUGUUGGAAAGUUAUUCCAUGCAAGGUGAGAAUGAACCUGAGAAUAAUACGCUGGAUGUAUCUCAAGGUCCAUUACAACUUUCACAAAUAUCUAAACCUAGACAAAGUCCAGUGGUGAUAAAUUCUCUGCUGACAACAAUAAAGAAUCUAUCUUCAAAUAUUAAAAUCAAUGAGAGUUGGGCUAGAGCUCUUUUGCAAGAUAGUAGAGGUAUGGACCAGCAGAUCAGAAAUUUGGUACGUCAGAUUAACAUACUUUUCAAAUGCCUUAACAUUGUGUUCCUGUUUGGGUCGAACUUUGUUAGUGGGAUUGAAAAAUCUUUUAAUAAUUAUUUUAAUUAUAUUAAGCUCACCAACAUGAAAACCCUUCAUCGUUCGUGGAACAAAUAUUAUCGAAAUCUCAAGCAGAAUAUGAGCCCCUUCAAAGUGAAUGAUUUCGAUAAUCAUGAACAUACAAUAAACUUGUCCAAUAUGUUACAUUCUACCCAAUUGGAGACAAGUGCUUUGUACAUUUCUGAGAACCUCCCUAAAGUCGUUCAACGGUUCAAUGAUAUGUCUAUUGUGAUUAAUUCUGUCAAUGAGGAUAAAAUUAGCAUUGAUAGUAGUAUUGAGAAAUUACGAAAUGAAUCAAUAGAUAUGUUCAAAGGGGAUGAAUUCUCAGAGAAUAACAAUAAUGGUAGCAAAUACACUACUGAAGUUCAUCAAAUUGUAAAGAUCAUCAGUCAAGACUUGGAGAAUAUCCGAGCAAAUUCGAACUCAACCUCAACUCAAACUCUUGAUACGAUACAUCAGACUCAUAUUGAGAAAUUAUCACCACAGAUUUAUAAAUCCGUAUCAAACUUGUAUGAUAAAUUGCAAAACAUUCAGACCUUUAAAAGAAGACUUAGUUCUGAAAGUUUAGCAGUGUUUAUAAAUAUUGCCAAUUUACAGAUGAGGAUGGUCAAUCUUAAGGAAGAUUUAAAAAGUCUCACAAGUCCCAAUGGUGGGAAAGAUAUUGGAUUUGAAACUAUCAAUAAGAUCAAGGCACAUGAAGAUUACCUUUCGUUGGCCAUUGACUUGCCACUCUUGUUUGGAUUUAUGAUGAUUGAAAAAAGAAGACAAUAUGAAUGGUUUGAUUUUUAUUCAAAGGGUAUUGUGAAAAACAUAAGUGAACAACUUAGUGUGAUGAUUGAUCAUGAACGGUUAUUCCGGAAACUCUGGCUUAAAAAGUUUGGAGGAUUCUUGGGAUUAUUGGAAUCACGAUUUGAUGAAAAUGGAAUUGCUUAUCAACAACGUCCACGACUUCCAACUAUUGACGUUACUUUGGUAAAUAACACUGCUAAUUUGGAAGAUAUUGGCGGACCUUUAUUGAGUAAUAUUCAAGUGGGGCGCAAUGAUAUUUUGGAAUAUAUUAAAAGCAUUAAGAAGUAUCUGGAAUUAUCAGUUAGUAUAUCUCCUAGUAGUCAAAAUUUUGCUGGUCUUUUGGAGAAAAACUUUGAUGAUUUGGUGAAAUGUACUGGGAAUAUGAAGAAAGUUACUAAGAUUGUAGCUUCAUUAUCAACAUUAACAUCACCAUCAAGUAAUGACUCAAAAGCUUCCAAGAUGGACAAUUUCAUGGGAGCAAUUUCUCAACAUGGACUGUUAAAAUAUCAGAACAAACUUAAAUCUGGGGUUGAAGGACAUCAUAAUGAAUCUUUAGGUGAUGGAACAGAAGUUCUGGAUGAUAUGGAUUUAAAUGUAAUUACAGGAUUAAAGUCGCGAAUCAAGAAGUUGGAGAAUUUACUACAUCAGCAACAAUAUAGAAAUCUUUCACAAUGGCCGGUUACUAGGCCUGUGGGGAAUGAAUCACACGAUGGAGAGGGUGCAAAGAUGAGUUUGAUUGUUGAAAAACGUGGAGUUUCCGAUCCUACUCUGUUUUUACUGAAAAGAGUGACUACUGGAGUGGUGACACCACCAUCACCAAACAACCCAAGAUCAAGUCCAUCUUUUAGUGGUAAUGGUGCUGGUCAUAAGAGCACAAAUGGACAUGAUGGAACUCACGCUAUAAAUUCAAAUUCAUCAAAAAUCCUUGACGCUUCAACAACAAUUGAUAAACAUUUGGAUAAUAUCCGAUUAAGAAAGGAAAAUACUGAAUUGAUGGGUGAAAACAAACGACUUUCCAACAUAAAUACAUCUCUAGAAGAUACUGCAAAUAAACUUCGGAAUGAAAUCUUAUUGUUGAAGGAAGAACACGAAGAAAAAUUGAAAUUAAAGGACGAAGAGAUUGAAAUUAACAAGAGAGAUUUGCAACUUUUAAAGAAUGAUCUAGACCUGCAAAAUAAUAAUCUAAGAUUAUUAGAACAGGAAAAUGAAAUUCUUAGGAAACGACAAGACGAUAUUGUUACUGAAUUGGGGAAAGAAAAGGAAGAAACAGUGGCAACACUUCAAGAAGAAAUCAGUAAAUAUAUUGGUAUGAACCAUCAAAAGUACGAAGAAAUCAUGAAAAUGAAUACAGCUUUAGAAAGUAUUCGAGUAGAAUUGAGAGAUUCUACUGGAAUGAAAAAUGAUCUUCUUUCAAAUAUGUCGGCAAAGGAGACUGAAAUCACACAAGAAAGAAAUAGAUUUAUGGAGGAGAUCAAAGGUUUAAAGCAACGGAUUGAUGAGAUUACUGAUGAUUAUGAAGAUUUAAUGGAACUCACACAAACCAAGCAAACCACCAACGAGCACCUUAUAACCGAGUUGAAGGAUGUAGUGGUUAAAUUAGUUCUGAAAAUUAAGGAACAAGUCAAGUUAUCGUUUGAUUUCUAUUCAGAUUUUUGUCUUGUUUUGGAAUCGAUGGGGUUGUUACUUAUUAGAGAUGCCAAUGAUGAGCUCAAGAUAGUUAGAGUUAAGGGAUUGAGGUCUAAAAAGGAAAAGGAAAGAGAAAAGGAAAAGGGAGGCACACAAUUACUCGACGACCAUGAAAUUUCUACCCCAUUGAGACCUACAUCUAAGGUACUUGAACAGAUAUCCGGGUUACUUAAAGUGAUAACUGAUCUCGAUGUUGACCAUUUAGCGAUAGAUGAAGAAGAAAGUAUACCUUCCACACCAAACCUUGCACAAGAAGUACCACAGACACAAGAACCAAUUACUGAUAUUGUAACGAGGUACCCUUCAGUUGAUAGCAAAACACAGGAACAAGGUGAUGAAUUAAUUAAACAGAUCAGAGAAAAUUUUGAGUCAUCCAAGUAUGAAAAUAUGUUAAGAGAAUUGAGAUUUUCAGCUGAACCUAAAGAUGAUCAAUUGUUCACUGAAGGAAACAGUGCAUUUGUAUCUGCAAUUGCCAAACGUUUUGGAGAUGUAGAAGGAUUUGCUAAGAAAUUGACAAAGGAAAAUCGUUCAAAAGCAAAUGAAAUCACUAAACUUACCAAUAAAUUGAGUACCAAGAUAUCUAUGAAUGAUUUCCAAGUAAAUGAUUUGGUUCUUUUCCUCCCUACUAGAAUCGAUCGAAUGGAUGAAAUAGAUGAGAAUUUCCAACCUUGGGCAGCAUUCAAUUUUGGUUCACCUCAUUAUUUCUUACGUGUAACUAACAAUCUGGGUAAUAUACAUGAAUUGGCUAGUAAAGAUUGGAUGGUGGGUCGAAUUGAAGAAAUCACGGAGCAUGUGGUUUCGGAGGAAAAUAAAGAUGAUCGCACCAAAAAUCCGUUCCUGCUUAGCUUGGGAGUCAAUUGGUUUUAUGUGGAUGCAAAGGAGGUAGAAAUGGUAUAGAGGAAUUUAGGAGACGGGUUUAAUCACGGAUAAUGGAAUAUGUAUACAUGAAUUUUAUUCUGACUUGUAGUGUAUUCUUUUGCUUAGUAAGAUCUCGGGUCGGAAAUGAUUAAAUCACGGAGAUAAACCGCUGUUAGCGCUUUGCAUACUAAUUCAAUAGUAAGUUCUCACGGAUGUUCAUUUUUCCAGGAAAUCGGGUG